AUGGACUAUUCGUACGACGAGGACCUGGACGAAUUGUGUCCGGUGUGUGGUGACAAGGUGUCGGGCUACCACUACGGACUGCUCACGUGCGAGAGCUGCAAGGGUUUCUUCAAGCGCACAGUCCAGAACAACAAACAUUACACGUGCACCGAAAGUCAGAGCUGCAAAAUCGACAAGACGCAGCGUAAGCGCUGUCCCUUCUGCCGCUUCCAGAAGUGCCUGACGGUGGGCAUGCGCCUGGAAGCUGUUCGUGCUGAUCGAAUGCGGGGAGGCCGGAACAAGUUUGGGCCCAUGUACAAGAGGGACCGGGCCUUGAAGCAGCAGAAGAAAGCACAGAUUCGGGCCAAUGGCUUCAAGCUGGAGAAUGGACCGCCGAUGGGGGUGCCCCCACCACCUCCUCCCCCACCGGACUACAUGCUACCCCCUAACCUGCACGCACCUGAGCCCAAGGCCCUGGUCUCUGGCCCACCCACAGGGCCGCUGGGUGACUUUGGAGCCCCAGCUCUGCCCAUGGCUGUGCCUGGUACCCAUGGGCCCCUGGCUGGCUACCUCUAUCCCGCCUUCUCUAACCGCGCCAUCAAGUCUGAGUACCCAGAGCCUUACGCCAGCCCCCCUCAGCAGCCAGGGCCGCCCUACAGCUAUCCAGAGCCCUUCUCAGGAGGGCCCAGUGUACCAGAACUCAUACUACAGCUGCUGCAGCUAGAGCCAGAAGAGGACCAGGUGCGCGCUCGCAUCGUGGGCUGUCUGCAGGAACCAGCCAAGAGCCGCUCGGACCAGCCAGCGCCCUUCAGCCUCCUCUGCAGGAUGGCCGACCAGACCUUUAUCUCCAUUGUCGACUGGGCCCGAAGGUGCAUGGUAUUUAAAGAGCUGGAGGUGGCUGACCAGAUGACACUGCUGCAGAAUUGCUGGAGUGAGCUGCUGGUGUUGGACCACAUCUACCGCCAGGUCCAGUAUGGCAAGGAGGACAGCAUCCUGCUGGUUACUGGACAGGAGGUGGAGUUGAGCACGGUGGCCGUACAGGCUGGCUCCCUGUUGCAUAGCCUGGUGCUGCGGGCCCAGGAGUUAGUGCUACAGUUGCAUGCACUGCAGUUAGACCGCCAGGAGUUCGUCUGUCUCAAGUUCCUCAUCCUCUUCAGCCUCGAUGUGAAAUUUCUGAACAACCACAGCCUGGUGAAGGAUGCCCAGGAGAAGGCCAACGCCGCCCUGCUGGAUUACACCUUGUGUCACUACCCACACUGCGGGGACAAAUUCCAGCAGUUGCUAUUGUGCCUGGUGGAGGUGCGAGCACUGAGCAUGCAGGCCAAGGAGUACCUGUACCACAAGCAUUUGGGCAAUGAGAUGCCCCGCAACAACCUUCUCAUUGAGAUGCUGCAGGCCAAGCAGACUUGA